UUGACAGUUCACGCGAGUUCCAAAAGCUCAUUUCUGUAAUGUCCUCCGCACACCAACAUAUCAGAGUUACCCUGUAAAUAAGUCACGUUUGAUAUACAUACAAGUGAUGAUCAUUAUUUCUUGUGUUACGGCAAAAAAAAAAAAAAAAAAACUAACAAAUGUGGAGGAUAUCAAUUGAACUAAAAAUUCCCGAGUAGCCUUGAACUCCGCAUAACGCACAGGCUCUUGCUGCCAUUGAUGCACUUCAAAGUCCCGCAAACGGACACCGACCGAAACGCUCGUGCGUUGUUUGUUUAUUUACUUUUUUUGUGAGCGCAGAUGUUGGGUGAUUAUUUACUUUAUUCUACAUAAAACUCGGUGAAUCAUAUUUUGAUUUACUCUUCACCUGAAUUUGAUUUUGCAAGUCGAACUUGUGCCACGGCGAAUGAUAUAUUGACGUUUGAAGGUAUUCACCCAAUGGACAGCGUACAAACACCAUGAGCACAUUUUUGGUGUCUACUUCCCGUAUGGACGCACAUGCCGGCAGCUCGCCGAGUGAUUGCUCAUCCGCCACAGGAAACUCACGACGAUCGUCUUCAUGACCUCCCCCAAGUGCUCCGUGCCCCUUGUGGACCCUCCAUCAGCUCCACCUCUGAAGUUUGGAACCAACAUGGGGGAGAGACGGGCACGCUCCUUCCAUAUGACGUGCCGCCUACAGCGGGACUACGGCAACAGGUUGGGGUGCCCCUUCGCCCGAAGGGGCCCCAACGGCUACGCUAGCACCAGCCUCAGCCUCAGCCUGGACCAGGAGAUGGAUGCUGACAAUUCUUCACCCGUGGUCGGCAAGAGCGAGGCCCCCAUGCCCGACAUGGGCCUCUACGCUCCCGUUUCACUGGAACUGGACUCAGCGGCGGUCAAUAAUGGAUCAGGUGUCCCCCACCGCCCGAUGGCGAAGGAUCCGGCGCUGCGCCGCCAGCUCCCCGUCGCCUCGGCGCCUCUCCCGCCGCCUCUCCCGCCGCCUCUUCCGCGUUCCAGCUGGCUGCAUCGCCACCAAAAGGAGUUCCAGCGGCCGUAUGUCAAGACGAGCAUGCAGGGCGAUGUUUACAACUUCCUCGAGAGACCCGCUGGACUGAAAUGUUUCCUCUACCACUUCUUUGUCUUCGUCAUGGUUCUGGUGUGUCUCAUCUUCAGUGUCCUGUCCACAAUCGAGCAAUAUACAGACAUUGCUUCCGGAUCUUUGUUCUGGAUGGAAAUCGUGCUGGUGCUGUUCUUCGGCAGCGAGUACGUGGUGCGGCUGUGGUCCGCCGGCUGCCGCAGCAAAUACGCCGGCAUCGGGGGACGCCUCCGCUUCAUCAGGAAGCCCAUAUCCAUCAUAGACUUGAUUGUGGUCAUCGCCUCCAUCAUUGUACUCGCUGUGGGCUCCAAUGGCCAAGUUUUUGCCACAUCUGCCAUCAGAGGCAUCCGUUUCCUGCAAAUCCUGCGCAUGCUCCACGUGGACCGACAGGGCGGAACGUGGAGGCUGCUGGGAUCUGUGGUGUUCAUCCAUCGGCAGGAGCUCAUCACCACGCUAUACAUCGGCUUCCUGGGCCUGAUCUUCUCAUCUUACUUUGUCUACUUGGCGGAGAAGGAUGCUGUGGAUGAGGAGGGCAAGACGGGCUUCUCCAGCUAUGCUGAUGCUCUGUGGUGGGGCGUGGUGACCGUGACCACAAUCGGCUAUGGAGACAAGAUCCCUCAAACGUGGAUCGGCAAGGCCAUCGCCUCCUGUUUCAGCGUCUUUGCCAUCUCCUUUUUUGCUCUGCCGGCUGGCAUCUUGGGAUCGGGGUUCGCCCUGAAGGUCCAGCAGAAGCAGAGACAAAAGCACUUCAAUAGACAAAUCCCUGCCGCAGCCUCUCUCAUCCAGACGCUUUGGCGCUGCUAUGCGGCGGAGAAACCCAACGGCUGUGCGGCGACGUGGAAAAUGUACGUCCUGACUCCAGAGGCCAUCGCCAAGGUGGAAUCGGACAACUCCAGCCCCACCAUCAGGAAGCUGAACAUCUCGAAAAAGGUCCCCAAGAGGAUGCGGAAGUCGAUGCGAGGUCACGGCUCUAUGGGCGUGUCGUCGGAGCUGGCCGUAUCUAUCCCCCAAAUCACCUACGAUCACAUUGACGACUCCGUGGAGAAGAAGGACGUCUCCUUCUUUGUGGAGGAGCCGAGUAGCACCGUGGAAGGAAUCACUAGGAUGUUCAGACAAACAGGCCCUCGUCAUCAUUCUUGGUCGUCUUUCACUCUGAGCUGUCCUUCCUCUCCAGUGAAGAUGACCCGCGGCAACAGCAUGUCCAUCGACAUCACUCGCGCUAGCAGCCUGACUGACGAGCUGGACUGCAUGUGGGAAGAUAUUCCCCUCUCUGUGAUGACGGACAACUCUCAUCUUUUGACUUGCCCGUUUGUGGCAUCGGUCCAGGACUCUUUCUCCACACACCACUUGAAUUCCACAAGGUUGUCUCACGCCCAGAGGUCCGCCGUCAAAGUCCUGCGUCGCAUGCAGUACUUUGUGGCCCGCAAGAAGUUCCAGCAAGCGCGCAAGCCGUACGAUGUCCGUGAUGUGAUCGAGCAGUACUCACAAGGUCAUCUCAACAUGAUGGUGCGCAUCAAGGAGCUGCAGAGAAGGUUGGAUGGCACACUGGGAAAGCCGGGAAUGUUCCUCCCAGGUAAAGGGGAAGAUAAAGAAUUCCCAACGAUCGGAGCACGACUGGUCCGGCUGGAAGAUAAGGUCUACCAGAUGGACCAGAAAAUGGACUCGGUUCUUCGGAUCCUCUCGGAGCAGUUCCGGCCCAAGCCUGAGCUGAUUUCCCGGCCCUCCAUCCGCAGGGUGACCAUCCAGAAGCGUAUGGGUGCCAGCAUCGACGAGGGCCCCUAAAGGCUCCUCCCAAACCCCUUUGGAGUUUUUCUCAUUGACCCCUCAGAACUCGGAACAGAAAAAAGAGCCCCGAAGACUGAGAAUUAUGGUGUGAAGACCUUCCUUCUCAUGGUCACUCCUGUAGCUCUUUUUGGGGGUCUUAUGGGGGCUAAAUCCCGGGCACCUUUCAAAGGCCGUGACUCUUUUUAUCCCCCCCCCCCCCCAAAUGGAAUUUAUAUGUGCCCGCUCUUCUCUUCCUAAUAUUAUUUCGAAGCUAACGAGCAAGCAAUCAAAGCACCGACGGCGCAGGCAUUCCACAAGUCCUUUUAUUUAUCUUGGCAACGUCCAGACAUACACACACACACACAGACACACGCAGACACACACACACACACACACAUUCAGCCCUCUUGAUUUAGACUGUGUUUGUUCGAGGCGAUCGAAUAACACGAGCAAGGGAAGACUUCAUUCGGCCCGCGCAAAUUGGAAAUAUUACUUUAGCUGAACCUAAUACAAGGGAAAAAAAUGGCCGCAACAGGAACGGACCUCUUUGGCAGAACUCUGUUUACUCCGGGACUGUCCGAAUGUCCAUCAGUCAUCAUCGGGAAUCUUCUUGAUAUCCUCCAGGACUUGAAGAGGCUUUUUACAAGUUUCGUUGGAACUUGAAUAACUCUGGUCCAAAGUCUGGUCCAAAAAUGGCUCAGGAAUUCAGGACACUAACAAAAAUGUGUGUGUGUGGGGGGGGGGGGGGGGGGGGCAUUUGAACCAUGAUAUCCUAUCAUGUAAUGAAUGCGAUGUCACUCUUUCCAGUUAUUCCUCGUGAAAUCAAGAGAGAAUGACUCUAAAUAAUCUCGUCAACCAGCAGGGCACAGGAGAGGAAGAGGAACUCUCAGCCAAGGCCGGCAUCGUUCAGACGGCCCAAUUUGAGUCCGUCCGCCCACACGGGGGCCUGCCAUCAGUUGAUCUCAGUCCAUAGUCUUCAAGUUGUUUGUUUAUGUAUAAGGCAACAGCAGUCAAAGAAGGUUUACUAAUUAGUUUUGUUUUGGGCUUUUUUUGCGUUGCUGUUCACAACACUUGUAUAACUUUCUUUGUUACCGGAACAAUAUUUAAAACUUCGAAGGCUCUCCUCCCCGGAAUGAUUUUCGUUGAAGUUCGGGACUGUAACUAUUGCUUGGCCUCAUGGACUCAUGAGCCACACGACAGAGGUGGGUAGUAGCUUGCUUUUUUUUCCUGCACUAUCAUAUCUUUUCACCACGGUGCUGAUCUGUUAGCGACAAAAGUACAGCCCCUACUAUUUGAGGAGCGGUACCGAGGCCUGUGAGUACUUGGGGAAACGUUUUAAAAUACAUUUAGUCAUAUCUUAAAAUGUAAAUCUAGCACAUAAGAAUGGGAUGGAUGGAUCUACCGCAUACUAUGAUCCCAAAAGACGUUCGUAUCAUAUCGUAUCAUUUCAAAUGUAUUGUACAUUACCCAUGAAAUGAAAUGGCUUACGGAUUGUUUGAUUUUUGCUGUUGAAAAGUCACUCAGCGCAGCUAAAAAUAAAUAAAUAAAAAUCUUGGACGGGCAUUAUUUGUGCGACCAGCUGAGGCUAAACUUAGCUCUUUGUUGAAAUACAAAAAUAUGAUCCCAAAACACUUUCUUUGGAAACUCAUAUUACAACAUUACCAUUUAGCUAAUGCGGUCCUCGUAAUGGGAAUAUUUGGCCCGCUAGCACCUCGCUGUUAGCCUGCGAACGCUAUGCUAGCAACAAACAAGCGGAGGUUUUCAAAGUUAGAUGCCAGACUUGAGAGGUGAGCUAAAUUAGGGCUAGCUAGGAUAAGGCUAGUAGCAACUUAGAUGAAUUUAAAAUGGAACCAAGGAGGAAAAAAAACAUCCCUUGUUCUGCCCUCUGCAGGAUAUUGGAGGUUAAAAUAAGUUAUAACAAACAAGUGGAAGUUUUCAAACAUAGACUUGAGAGAUGAGCUAAAUUAGGGCUAGCUAGGACGAGGCUAGUAGCAACGUAUAGAUGAAUUUAAAAUGGAACCAAAGAGGGGGAAAAACAUCCCUUGUUCUGCCCUCUACAGGGUCUUGGAGGUUUAAACAAGUGAUUUUAAACUAAAAGGGUUCAAAUCUUUCCGUUUGUUAGUUCCCAUUUGAAUCAAAUAGUAUUGUUAUGUGUUUUUUGUUAUUGUAAAGUGUCCUUGGGUUUCUUGAAAGGCACUUAUACAUAAAAUGUAAUAUUAUUAUUAGCAUUUGAAUCAAAUAACAUUUUUUUAAAAAUUUGUUGGACCGUAACGCGUUUGUUCCGUAUAAGUGAAUUGGGUAACCCGUUCAAGUUGAUUCGGUCAUUCGGUGGCUAAAGUCAAUAAGAAUAGCAAAUGCGGAUAUUUGAUGCAUGUCCGAUCUCGAGUAAACAGCAAACGGCGAAUAGGCGGGGGUUCGCUGUUGAUUUUGUCUCCUGACUUGUGUUUUCAAGAGCGUGCGUAACACACCUUGACGCAAUCAUCCACCUCUCUUCUCCGCUCUCUUGUACACUUUUAUAAGUGAUGUAAAUAGAGACGUUGCCUUAUUGCACUGUAAUUCGUAUCCCUUUUGGAAACAUCGGCGCCGUUUCUCAGGAGUGUUGAGAAAACAUGGCGAGCGAGGCUCCUGCGCCGCGGACGAAUGGAAAUGAUACUCACGCGCACUCUCUGCACUAUCGCUAUGUUGUAAAUAAUAAAAUCGAAAGACCAUAUCAAUGAUUCAUUGAACGACAUUUCAUGACACGCUGGCCUGCUCUCUUGAUCAAGUCCUUCAUCCUUCAGGUGAAACUUGCAUCCUGGCUUUCAUUUUCCUCAAAUCACAAAGCACAAAGUUGCGCUAAAUUUCCUGUCGCACAGCAAUCUCAACAAAAAGGGAAAACCAACACUUCC